GGAUGGAUAGUAACAUUCACCUGAGUAGUUUGAUAAGCCGACAUGAUGAUGAAGCCACAAGAACGUCUGCCUCAGAAGGACUGGAGGAGGGUGAAGUGGAGGGGGAGACGCUCCUGAUUGUUGAAUCGGAGGACCAGGCAUCUGUGGACUUGUCUCAUGAUCAGAGUGGAGACUCCCUCAACAGUGAUGAAGGCGAUGUGUCCUGGAUGGAGGAGCAGCUGUCCUACUUCUGUGAUAAGUGCCAGAAGUGGAUACCAGCCAGUCAGCUGAGGGAACAGCUCAGUUACCUUAAGGGUGAUAAUUUUUUUAGGUUCACUUGCUGUGAUUGCUCAGAAGAUGGCAAGGAGCUGUAUGAAAGGCUGAAGCUGACAUGGCAGCAAGUGGUCAUGUUGGCGAUGUACAACUUGUCUCUGGAAGGAAGUGGGCGUCAAGGGUAUUUCAGGUGGAAAGAAGAUAUCUGCGCUUUCAUUGAGAAACAUUGGACUUUUUUACUAGGGAGUAGAAAAAAGACUUCGACCUGGUGGAGCACUGUAGCAGGUUGCCUUAGCGUGGGAAGUCCGAUGUACUUCCGUUCAGGUGCCCAGGAAUUUGGAGAACCAGGAUGGUGGAAACUUGUUCACAACAAGCCCCCAACAAUGAAACCUGAAGGAGAGAAGUUGUCUGCCUCUACUUUGAAAGUAAAAGCCUCAAAACCAACUUUAGAUCCCAUCAUUACGGUUGAGGGACUGAGAAAACGGGCAGGUCGUAAUCCCGUGGAAUCUGCCAUGGAGUUAAAAGAGAAAAGGUGCCGUACUCAAGAAGCGAAAGACAUCAGAAGAGCCCAGAAGGAAGCAGCAGGCUUUCUGGACAGGAGCACGUCCUCGACCCCUGUCAAGUUCCUAAGCAGAGGCCGCAGGCCAGAUGUGAUCCUAGAGAAAGGGGAGGUGAUUGACUUUUCAUCCCUGAGCUCCUCCGACCGCACCCCGCUGACAAGCCCAUCCCCUUCCCCUUCCCUGGACUUCUCUGCCCCCGGGACCCCAGCAUCGCACUCAGCCACGCCUAGCCUGCUUUCAGAGGCUGACCUGAUCCCAGACCUGAUGCCACCGCAAGCCUUGUUUCACGAUGAUGAGGAGAUGGAAGGCGAUGGAGUCAUAGACCCAGGGAUGGAGUACAUCCCACCCCCAGCGGGCUCAGCCACUUCUGGAACAGUGGUCGGGGGCAGAAAGAAGGUCAGGGCCCCUGAACAGAUAAAGCAGGAGGUGGAGAGCGAGGAGGAAAAACCCGACAGGAUGGACAUUGACAGCGAAGACACGGAUUCCAACACAUCUCUGCAAACCAGGGCUCGAGAGAAGAGGAAACCUCAGCUGGAGAAGGACAGGCGACCCAAAGGGCCCAGGUACACACCUGUGAGCAUCUACGAGGAGAAGCUGCUGCUCAGGAGGCUGGAGGCUUGUCCCAGUGCUGUGGCCAUGACACCAGAAGCUCAGAGACUGAAGCGGAAACUGAUUGUCAGACAAGUGAAAAGGGAUCGGGGAUUACCACUCUUUGACUUGGAUCAGGUUGUCAACGCUGCUCUUCUGUUAGUUGAUGGAAUUUAUGGAGCCAAAGAAGGGGGAGUUUCCAGGCUUCCAGCUGGACAAGCUACAUACAGAACGACCUGUCAGGACUUCAGAAUCCUUGACCGAUACCAGACUGCCUUGCCGUCCAGGAAAGGAUUUCGGCACCAGACCACUAAGUUCCUGUAUCGUUUGGUGGGAUCAGAAGAUCCGGCUGUGGACCAGAGUAUCGUCAGCCCUUACACUUCUCGGGUCUUAAAACCUUACAUCAGGCGUGAUUACGAAACAAAGCCACCCAAACUGCAGCUCCUGUCAGAGAUCCGCUCCCACCUGCACAGGAGUGACCCCCACUGGAUGCCUGAGCCCGACGCACCUCUGGAUUACUGCUAUGUCCGGCCAAACCACAUCCCCACAAUAAACUCCAUGUGUCAGGAGUUUUUCUGGCCCGGUGUCGACCUGUCUGAGUGCCUACAGUACCCAGACUUCAGUGUGGUCGUCCUGUAUAAGAAAGUCAUCAUCGCCUUUGGCUUCAUGGUUCCUGAUGUGAAGUACAAUGAAGCUUACAUUUCAUUUCUGUUUGUCCAUCCUGAAUGGAGAAGAGCAGGGAUCGCGACUUUCAUGAUUUAUCAUCUGAUUCAGACUUGCAUGGGCAAGGAUGUAACCCUUCACGUCUCGGCAAGCAACCCCGCUAUGCUGCUAUACCAGAAGUUUGGAUUCAAGACUGAAGAGUAUGUUUUAGAUUUUUAUGACAAAUAUUACCCCUUGGAGAGCACAGAGUGUAAACAUGCCUUCUUCCUGAGGCUCCGACGCUGAUGUGAAUACAACUCUUCACGGAAGGACACGUGCUGUCAGACUGGGCUUCAUGGGGACCUAAAGGCAGUUGCUCCUUUCACUGUGUGUUCUCAUCUUCUCUGCAGUUAGCCCUUCAUUCCGCCUCUCUCACCUGAGAUGAGAACAGCAUUGGGCAGUGGGAUGAGGCAUGAGCAGCCCUUUGGCAAAUCACUGUCCAGUCCUCUCUUCAGCCAUAGCUUGGGACUCCACAGUGAACCAAAACUGAAAGAUGCCAUGUCCUCCUUCCACCCGACAGUUUGUAAGAAUAAAAGAGUAGUUACACUGAUACGCUUUGUGGGAGGGGAGGGAAUCUGUCCUAACUUAAAGGAUGACAGAAUGAGAUGGUAUCAAAGAUUCAUGUGGCCCAGAGGCACCCUCCUGUUCUGGGAAGAUGAGAGACCAGGAGAAGAUUCCAUAAAGGGAUACCAACCCUUCUCCCAGCUGUUAAAGUUGUUCAUUGAAUCCAGGAGGGCUUAUGGGGCACAGAGGUUCUGUUGUCUGUUACUGAUUUUGGUCACAGUUAAAAUAAUAAACUAAAUGUUUGGUCUGUA